AUGAUCACUGGGGUAAAGGAGGGGUCUCGUGGGAGCUUGGGAAAGGUUAACUCUGUGAUUGAGACUGGUAAUGGUACUUCUAAAGAAGUGGUAAAAAAGAAGAUAUGCUAUAAUUGGCGACGAGCUGGGAAAUGUCGCUUUGGUAGGUCUUGUAAGUUUGCUCAUACCGACUUCAAAGAUGGUACAGCCAGUGGUCCUCCUAAGCCUCCUAUUGAGAAGUCCUCCGUCACCGUUAGUUCUGUUGAAGUAUCCCCUAAGCAGCCUGAGGUUAGGCAGUCUGAAGAGACUGUGGAGAUUAUUCAGCGUUUAUUGAACAUUGUGGAUGAUGAUCCCUGUGUUGUAUGUGCUGUUUCAAAGACUAAGGAGAAAUUAGCUGGCCCUACUAUCAGUAUUCCCCUUGGUCAGGGUAAGAUAUUGUCCGCUCUCCUGGAUACGGGAGCUUACUAUAAUUAUAUUUCUGCAUCGCUUGUAGAAAAGCUUGGCUUGGCUACAUCUAGUCGAGGAGUGUCUGAGUCAUUACGGGUUACUCUGGCCGAUGGUCCUGUUCGACAGGUGGUGGCUGUGGUCGAUGUUGCCAAAAUCCAAUUUAGGGUUCUUCAAGGUGGUCGAAAUAAGAAUGCCAUCUUGGGUGUCAGAGUAUGUGUGAUUGUGGAGUCACGUUGUCUUUUGGCGUGA